AAUCUUGCAACACUAAUGGGAUGCUCUGCAGGAGACAACCAGCUUCUGUUUAUCUAUGAGUACAUUGGAAUAUACUCUCUUGAAGAUGCAUUAUUUGGUUCAGACGAAUUUAGAGAGAUAUUAGAUUGGCCAACGAGGUAUAGAAUUUGUCUUGUCCUAGCAGAAGGUUUAGCUUUCCUUCACGAGGGGUCCAAACAAGAAAUUAUGCACGGGGAUAUUAAACUAGCAAACAUUAUUCUUGAUGACGAUCUAUACCCGAAGAUAUAUGACUUUGGAUUUGCAAGGCUUUAUCACAAGCAAAAGUUGGAAGGAACACUGUUAUAUACAGCGCCUGAAGUUAAAGAUCGCCCCUUACAAGCUAGCGCAGAUUUGUAUAGCUUUGGAGUUGUCACACUUAUACUUGUCAGUGGAAUGAAAGUCAAGACCCCGAGGGCAGGUGGUGACACUGAAUACCUCGUAGAUGAGGCACAAAAGAAGGAUCGGAUGGGAGCUCUAAUGGAACUAGUUGAUCAUAAUCUGAAUUAUGACUAGGAAGAAGCGGAGAAGAUUCUAAGAUUAGCAAUCCAAUGCAUAGAUUUACCGUUAUUCAGACCGACCAUGUCUACAAUCGUGAGGAUUCUUAAGAAAGAACGCUCAAUCGA